ACAGUCAUUGUUCUUGCUUGUUUCUUUCUUUCUUUCUCUCUCUGUCUCUCUCUGCCACACAUCACACCCAACAGUCUCAGCAUUGCAGCAGCUGCAACCACUGCUCCUCCUGCUGCUUCACCCUGCAAACCAACAAAAUAAAACAUUUAAGUAAAACAAAAUAUAUUAAAAGAGAGUAAAUAAAAUAAUGAAAAAAAAAAAGGAUUUUGAUGAGAUAAAUGGGAAUGAAAGCAUGAUUUGAUGGUACCCAAGAGAGAGAGAGACCCCAUUUCACUCAUUCAUUCAAAGCCAGGAAACAAAAGUAAAAGGAAGAAAGAACCCAAAAAAGAAAGAAAGAAAAGGAAAUUCAUCAGAGAGAGAGAGAGAGAGAGAGAGAGAGAGAGAGGGUCUCUUUCUUUCUUUCUUUUUGGGAGUAUUGGGUCAGCUUCUUUUUAGCAAAUGCCAAAGUUAGCUCUCUGAAAAAAUGCAGUACCCAUCAUGAGAACAUGAAAUGAAAUGAAACCCUUCUUCUCUUUCAAAUCCCUCUCUCCAUUCCCCAUUCCCUCUUCUUCUCCACGCCAACUCUUCAACUCCAAGUUGGUACCUUUUGCUACUCCAUUACCAUUGUUCACAAGUUCUUUUCUUUCUUCUUUUAAAUUUUAAUUCUCAUGGCGGGUUUGAUUGAUCUCAACACCACGGAGGACGAUGAAACGCCGUCGUAUGGUUCCUACGCUGCUUCUCCAUCUUCUUCCUCCUCGCACUCGGGAACAAGCACUGCUUCUGUUUCAGCUUCAGCUCCGGUUGUUCCUGGUUCUUCUUCUAACUCCGUGUGUUUGGAGCUGUGGCACGCGUGUGCAGGUUCAAUGAUCUCGUUGCCGAAGAAGGGAACUCUUGUUGUGUACUUCCCACAGGGACACUCUGAGCAGCAACUUCACGAUUUUCCUCUCUCUAACAACAAUAACAGCAUCCCACCCCAUGUGUUCUGUCGCGUUCUCGAUGUUAAGCUCCAUGCAGAGGAAGGGAGUGAUGAAGUGUAUUGCCAGGUUUUGCUUGUUCCUGAAAAUGAGCAAAAAUUUCAGGAAGGGGAUAUUGAGGCUGAUGGUGAAGAGGAGGACACGGAUGCUGUGAUGAAGGCAACAACACCCCACAUGUUUUGCAAGACUCUGACAGCUUCCGAUACCAGCACUCAUGGUGGAUUCUCGGUUCCCCGUCGUGCAGCUGAAGAUUGCUUUCCUCCACUGGAUUAUAGUCAACAGAGGCCAUCACAAGAGCUUGUAGCAAAGGAUCUGCAUGGCCGGGAAUGGAAGUUUCGACAUAUUUACAGGGGGCAGCCACGAAGGCAUUUGCUUACCACCGGAUGGAGUGCAUUUGUGAACAAGAAGCAGCUGGUGUCUGGAGAUGCUGUCCUGUUUCUUAGGGGGGCAGAUGGUGAACUGAGAUUGGGAAUUCGUAGGGCAGGUCAAUUGAAAAGUGAUGGUAAAUUUUCAGCUCUCCCUCACCAGCAGUUGAAUCAUAGCACUCCUGUGGAAGUGAUUAAUGCUCUGUCUUCAAGAUGUGCCUUCAGUGUUCACUAUAACCCAAGGGUUAGUUCAUCAGACUUCAUCAUACCUGUCCACAAAUUCUUGAAGAGCCUUGAUUAUUCAUAUUCAGUUGGAAUGAGGUUCAGGAUGCGUUUUGAAACCGAAGAUGCUGCAGAUCGAAGAAUCACAGGAUUAAUUAUUGGGAUUAAUGAUGUUGAUCCUGUCAGAUGGCCCGGAUCAAAAUGGAGAUGCCUGCUGGUAAGGUGGGAUGACUUAGAAACCACACGGCAUAACAGGGUUUCUCCAUGGGAGAUUGAGCCAUCAGGUUCUGCUUCCACUGCCAGUAGCCUGAUGACAGCUGGUUUGAAGAGGAGCAAGAUUGGAUUGCCUUCAGUACAGCUAGAAUUUCCAGUUCCCAAUGGCAUCAGUACAUCAGACUUUGGGGAAUCACUAAGGUUCCAGAAGGUCUUGCAAGGUCAAGAAAUUUUGGGUGUUAAUAAUCCUGUCAAUGGUAUUAAUGCUCAGUGUCACCAAUUAUCGGAACUAAGAAGGUGCUAUCCUGGAUUUACCACAGCAGGACAUGGUACAAUCCCACAAGUGAGUUCCGAUGCUUCCUGCAAUGGCAUAGGCUUUGGUGAAUCUUUCCGAUUCCAAAAGGUCUUGCAAGGUCAAGAAAUACUUCCAAGCCAACCAUAUGGAAAUGGUCGCCUCGGAGCUUUUGAUGGUUACCAGAUGCUAAGGUCCAGAAAUGGAUGGUCUGCGCAUAUGAAUAGCAAUUCUUCUCAUUUGCAUGCACCCUUUUCAUCUGGUCAACUCUCAUCUCCAUCAUCCGUGUUGAUGUUCCAGCAAGCAUUUAAUCCAGUUUCAAACUCUGAUUAUAGCAACAAAGCUAAUCAGGUGAAGGGUGGUAAAGCACUUCAACGAGGUUCAUAUGCUUCUGAAGUUGAUGGUGGAACGAAUGCUUCCUUCCCAUCUUAUGAGACAACUUUCCAUGGGAAAGCUCAGGAAGGAAAAAAUUCUUUCACUUUUUUAAAUCUGCAUGAUCAGUUGGGUGGUAGUCCACGUUCACCUGAUUCAAGAUCAGAGCCGAGAGGAAGUCAAGAGCUGGUUUCUUCAUGUAAAAGCAACUGCAGAGUCUUUGGUUUUUCACUAACCGAGGGUGCUCCCGUUGCAAAUGAAGAGACUGACCCCUCUACAGUCACUUUUCAAUUAAAUUCUGGGCCUUCUUUUACAAGACAUUGCCAAUGAAGGGCAUUCACGUAAGUGCAAGACAUUCCGAAGUAACUCUUCAAAAGGUCAACUGCAGCAUUGGUUUCAAAGUUAGAAGAAAGCACAAUGCAUGUUAGCGAUGAUCACUGGGAUAAAUGUAGCAAAAGUGCAAUGUCUGGCAUAAUAAUUUAGGAUUUUGGGUACCAAAAUAAAUGUUUAUAGACAUGUACCUGAAUUUGGCCAUUAUCCUGUGACCGGAUUCUUGUAUUAAUCUUUGUUUACUCUAACCUAUAUCAUGAGAUGCAACAUGCAAGCACGUUGACUUAGAUUCA